ACGAGGACAGAGUGUAACACAAACUGACGCCUAACCGUUUGUAGUCCGUUGGUCUGAUCUCUGAACAAACUGUGUGAAUUAUUAUAGUUAUGUACAGUUAUAGAUCAUUAUUAUACUUUAUUAUGUUUUAGUAUCAUACCGCUGAACUCUCGGUGCAGGAGGUUGAAGAUGAGUUUCGAAGCGAAGCGGUGCGGAGUGCAGUUCAGUCCUCCGUCUGUAGUUUUAAUCUACGAACACAAAGAGACCAAAGCGGUGCGAAAGAGAGUCAUACCUGUGCGAAACUUCUCCAAAUACUCAGACUACAGCACGGCUGCUGAAAGGCUGAAGAACAAUCCCCGGCACAGAGACUACCUGGAGGGGGUGUCCCAGAGCCAGCUGGAGAAGCUUCACAUCAUCCUGCGAGAUCACAUGCAGGGCUUCAGCUUGGAGCACAGCCUGGCUUCAUUCCGCCUGGACCCCGACGAAGACCUGAACAAACUGGACGACGAGGAGCUGGCUCGCAAGAAGGGUCAGAUGGACGAAGUGUUCGAGAAGAACCGGAAGCGCAAAGAUGAUCCGGACUUUGUUUACGACCUGGAAAUGGAUUUCACCAAGAGCACCCAGGAGAAGUGCAGCUGGGAUGACGAGUCUGAUGACGGAUUUUAAAACUCUGUAGAUUAGAGAUCACAUGACGUGCAGUGCUGUUCAAUCUGAAGUCAUGCAGAGAUGCUGAUCAUCUCUUUUAGGAAGCAUCUUCUUGCACAGCAGUAAACUAUCUACACACUUGAUUAGGUACACUUCUUAAACUAAUGUUAACACUCUUGCAGUAUAUUUAUGAAGUUGAAUGUUUGGUUUUUGGGCAGCCAUGGUUAUAGCAGUGUUGUACUACAUUUAUAUCAAUACAGGAAGAGUAAAUAUUAUAAACACUACCCAGUAUAACACAAUACAGUUCAACAGCAAAGCAAGCUCUAACAGUCAACAUAAUAACCUUCAUGAAAGUAACUGCAGCUGUCGUACUAGACUUCAUUUGUUUCGGUUAGUUGUACGUAAUAACUUCAUGCUUCAGUGGUCCUGGCAACAGCUACAACAGCUACAGUGUCUAACCAGAAUACAAACAGAAGAGCAACUAUAGAAACUGCAGGAAGACAUCACAGUACACAACAACUACAGCAGGUAUCAGGUUUGGCAUUUCACUGGAAACACCAGCGACACAGUAUUUACCCAUAAUGGUAACCUAACUAGUCUUAAGACCUCUGCACCUGAAAUCACAGCUGAAAAAACCCUCCAGUAAAGUGGAAGCUGAACAUUUGUGGCACUGAAAAAGCCCAAAAAAAAAAAAAAAAAGUGACCUCUUAA